UCUCUUAGCUAUUGUUCACCAACUCCUGUCAUUUCGCCCCUAAGAUUCAAUUGACGAGCUCACGCGACUCCAAAGCCAAAGACCAGGAUGACCAGGCGCGCGAUCCAGCAACGGCCCGAAGGGCCACCAAGCCGCGUAUUCUCCACCGGCUUCGGCAUCGCGAUAAGGCCGCGGCGCGACGACGACGACGCAGCCAACGGCUCUCAAGCCAGUACUAAGCCCACCUACACCAUCAUAACCACAGACCUCCUGAUCCCCGGCGACGGCGCACCCGUGCCGAACGCCGCGCUGGUCAUCGAAUCCAAGCUCAUCGCCUGGAUCGGGUCGCGCGCCUCCAUCCCCGCGGCGUACACGUCCGCGCCGCAUAAAUCCUACGCAGUCCCGUACCUCAUGCCGGGGCUGUGGGACUGCCACGUGCACUUCGGCGGGGACAGCGAGGCCGAGGCCGAAGGCAGCAGCGAUAGUUUCCUGGGCUUCAUAUCGGAGCACCCUGCGGCGGCGGGCGCGCGGCUCGCGCGCGGGUGCUGGGAGGCCGUGCAGCGGGGCUACACGUCGCUGCGCGACGUGGCCGGGUACGGGUGCGAGGUGUCGCGCGCCAUCGAGGACGGCUCGAUCGUGGGGCCGAACGUGUACGGCGCGGGCGCGUGCCUGAGCCAGACGGCGGGCCACGGCGACGUGUUUAGCUUGCCGGCCGGCGACGUGCUGCUCAACCUCGGCGUGGGCAGCGUGUCGGCGGGCCAGUUUGGUGCAGGCAUGAGCGUUGUUGUGGAUGGCGUCGACGAGUGCCGGCGCGCUGUGAGAUUGCAGAUCCGCAGGGGCGCGCGAUGUAUCAAGGUCCUCGCGAGCGGCGGUGUUAUGUCGAGGGAUGAUAAUCCGCUGUACGCGCAGUUCAGCCCUGAGGAGCUGAGGUGCAUUGUCGAGGAGGCGACGCGGCAGAAUAGGGCUGUCGCCGCGCAUGUCCACGGGAAACCGGGCAUUAUAGCGGCGGUGGAGGCCGGCGUUACGACGGUGGAACACGUCUCGUUUGCGGAUCAGGAGUGUGUUGAUUUGAUCAAGGAGAAGGGCACGGUGUGGAUUGCCACACGCACUAUCGUCGACAUGUUAUUGCAGUCAGGCGGUAAGGGCUUGUCGCGGCAGCAGUGGGAGAAGGCUCAGUUGUGCGGUAAAAACCACUUGGCGGCAUAUAAGCUGGCGAUCGAGGCUGGUGUUCCGAUUGCGUUGGGAACCGACACGCCGCCGGGCUUUAAUAUGGCGGUGGAGUUGGAUUAUGCAGUGCAGGCUGGCUUGAGUAACUUGGAAGCCAUCAAGGCUGCUACGGCUAAUGGUCCUUUGAGCGUGGGAGGACAGGCUCCGAAGACGGGUCAGUUGAAGGUUGGGUACGAGGCCGACGUACUUGGGUUGCUUCAAAAUCCCGUAGAGGAUGUGAAAAUAUUACAAGAAAAGACGAAUAUUGGUUGGGUAUGGAAGGGUGGAAAGAUUCUAAAGGGACCCGGAGUUGGCCCUUGGGGAGAAGAGUCGUAGUGCUAGCCUAAACAUUGGUGACGGCUUCAUCGAGCCCAUGGGGUUCUGUGUUAAAUAUACGAAAAAGGGUUCAAGGGUUUUCAUCUAUGUGUUGCCAUCCUCUCGUCGUCACUUCAUCAACCCCUCCAAGCUCACCACCAUAUCGGCACAAAGAUCAUCUUCAUGGGAGGGAUCAUUCGUUGUUGAUCUCGCAUGCUUGGAGACUUUAGAUGCGCCUUGAGCCUUUUCCAGUAAGUGGAGGAGUCUGCACGAAUGAGCUCUGAGAAGAUG